UAAAAGUACACAUGGCGGGAAAUUUUCUAUUGUGAAUGUUGUUUGUAAACAGAAAUUUGCUGAUACGGGCAUUUAAUAGAGUCAUCAGUUCAGCGAAUUUAAGUAUCAUGCCACCGAAAAGAAAGAAGGCAGAAACAGAUGGUGAACCAACAACCAAGAAGACAAAGUUAGAUAAGAAAUCCAGCACAGCCAGUACAGACCUCCCUGAUGAUGUAGAUACUUCAUUUCCUACACAGAUUAAUCCUACUGCUAAAACAAAGGAUGGAAGGAAAUUUACCAAGACUAUUGUGUCAUGGAAUGUGAAUGGUGUGAGGGCUUGGUUAAAGAAAGAUGGCAUCGACUAUUUACAGAAGUAUAAACCAGACAUAUUUUGUAUCCAGGAGACUAAAUGUUCACAGGAGAAGCUCCCUGCUACACUCAAUGUGCCAGGGUACCACUCUUAUUUCUCCUCAGGGGACACAGAGGGGUAUGCUGGGACUGCUCUAUACUCCAAAGAAAAACCAAAGAAUGUUACAUUUGGAAUGGGAAUCAAGAAGCUAGAUGAAGAGGGUAGACUAAUUACAGCUGAAUAUGAUACAUUUAACCUAGUUGGAGCUUAUGUACCUAAUUCUGGCAAAGGCCUCGUCAGAUUGAAAUACAGAACUAAAGAAUGGGAUGUAGCAUUUAGAGACUAUAUCAAAGGUCUUGAUGCUAAGAAGCCAGUAAUAUAUUGUGGUGAUUUGAAUGUAGCUCAUCAGGAAACAGAUCUCAAGAAUCCAAAGACAAACAGAAACAAAACACCAGGUUUCCAUGACGACGAGAGGCAAGGAUUUACAGACUUGUUAGCUGAGGGAUUCUUUGACUCUUUCAGAGAAUUGUACCCUAAUGCCAGGGACUGUUGGUCAUUCUGGACCUACAUGAUGAAUGCCAGAGCUAAAAAUGUUGGAUGGAGGUUGGACUACUUUGUGUUGUCAAACAGAUUAAAGAAAGAUUUGUGUGACCAUGCUAUACAGCAGGAUGUGAUGGGGAGUGAUCAUUGUCCUAUUGUUCUACAGAUGGCACUCUAAAGUCAAGUCAAUAGUGGGAGCAGUCAUUUUGUGAAUGAACUUGAAAGUGUUAGAAUGAGAUGUUGUAUAAAUGUAGCACUUGUGAAUUCAAUGAAAAUAGUUUAAAUAAUUGCUAUGCUAAAAUUUAUCAUAAACAUUUGUAGGGCCUAAGUUUUUUAUUGUCUUGAAUUAACUCUCCAAGUAUCAAUCCAUCUGCAGAAACAUUAUCAUAAUUUUAAUUCUGUUUUUAGUUUAAUUUUAUAUUGUAUUGUAAUUUAAAGUAACUUUUUUCCACAAAACAAAACUUAUAUAGAUAGGAAAUAAAGGAAUAGUUCUACUUACCUGACCCAGAAAAAAGUCUGUCUGCCUGAUUAACAAGAUAAUUUUAUUUUGACAUUACAAAAUACUUUUAUUGUUCACAUUUUCGCACUCAAAAACAGAGUCAAGGUAGUUUUUGAUGAAGUUGAAGUCAAAUCAACUUGAAACUUAGUACACAUGUUCCCUAUGAUAUGAUCUUUCUAAUUUUAAUGCCAGAUUAGAGUUUUGACCCCAAUUUCACAGUCCACUGAACAUAGAAAUUGAUAGUGCGAGUGGGGCAUCCGUGUACUAUGGACACAUUCUUGUUUUAUAAAUCUUUCAAAUUUAUUUUUAUUCUGCAAUGGAUGAGUAUUUUUAAGAUUUAUAUUAUGUUUUUAUUGAAAUUUGUUUUUACACAAUGAUAAUGUUUUCUCAUUAAACUUGCAUGGUUCAUUAUUAUUAAAUGUAGACUUACAUAAUCCUAUUGUUGAAGGUUAUAUACUUAUGGUCUAUACUCUACAAUGGUGCCAAACAAUGCAAUAUGUUUGGAAUUUAAUCUGUGAUUAAGAAGACACUUAUGAUUUAUUUGAUUGACAAGACACCUAUGAUUUAUUUGAUUAACAAGACACCUAUGCUUUAUUUGACUCCUUUCAACAGAGGACAUUAUUUGAAGAAAUAAAAUUAUGUAUAUGUAUGAUGAAAAGCUUUAGAAAAUGUGAGAAGAUUUUUCUAUAAUAUUGGAUCAUAAAUAUGCCCGACAAAGGUCUUUACACCUAAUUAUUUUUACACUUAAUUGUUAUCAUCAGAGAAGUUUAAAAUUCAUUGUGAAUCUGAAUGUAAUGUACAAUCAUUUUGUAGAUUUUUUCAUUAAAUUCAUCAUCUGUU